UAGCGGCGGGCGCGGCCUGAAAUGUGGCCACUGAGCGCGCUGCUGUCGUCACUUCCGCUGGGGCUUCGCGUCGGUUUCUGGCGGGAUGGUGAAGAAGCGGGCACGGUCGGCCUGGCGAGAGGUGAUGGCGGCGCGAAGCGGCGUGUCCGAGGAGAUGAUGAACAGCUGGGUCCUGCAGUUCUACUUCCAUCAGGCCAUGGCGGCCUACCGCUCGGGGCGGAAUGGCGACUUCCGCCAGCUCCGCGACGUCAUGCAGGCGCUGCUGCUACGGCCCUUGGACAAGGAGCCCACGGUCAUCCAAAUGCUACGCGUAAUGCAACUGCUGUCACGGAUUGAGGAAGGCGAGAACCUCGAUUGUGCCUUUGAUAAGGAGCUGGAGCUCACCCCACUUGAAUCGGCAAUCGGUGUCCUGGAGCUUGUUCAGAGAGAAUUUUCUAUCGCUGAGAAGACAAUGGAAGAUGUUCAGCAAAGAGUGAAGGAAGCUGCUGUUAUUGUCUGCAUCAAAAAUGGAGAGUUUGAUAAAGCUUCAAAAAUUGUCAAGAGGCAUAUGGGGAAGGAGCCCAAAAGCCAGAAAAAGAGGGACAAGUUUCUGACUGUCAUCCAGGAGAAGAAUUUAACUCAUCCAUUGGUCAGAAACUUCUCUUACAAGAACUUCCAGCAGAGUGUGUUUCAGUUUGUGAAGACCUAUGUGGAUGAUUCGGAGCCACUGCUGCUAACGAUAAUGAAAAAGACUUUGAAUUCAGAACAUGCUGAAGAGCCAAAACGCUCAUCAGCGACUCCUGAGUCUGCAAACAAGCCAAAGAACCAGGCGGCAGCUCUGGAGCCCUCAGAAAGGGCAGAGGACCCAGCAGAAGCUCCCAAGCCUGCAGAAACAGCAAAAGACCUGAAUGGAGCUCCCAGCUCUGCAGAAAGGGCAGAUCACCCUACAGCAGUGCCUGAGCUUAUGGAAGAGCCUAGUGACUCUGCAGCAGCUCCUGAGCCUGUGGAAGGAACUACUGACCCAGCAAGAACUCCCGAACGUAUAAUAGCAGCGGGUGGUAUCUUGGAAGAUGCUUCAGAGCCUAUGGAAGUAUCUGAGGCUGCUGCUGGUUCUUUAGAACUUCCAGGAGUGUCCAGGGACUUGGAAAGGCAGCCCUCUGGAAAUGUAACUACAUAUGGGAUUUCUGUUCUGAGAGAAGCUUUCAAGGUCCUGUCAGACUCCCAGGAUUCCGAUGCACUCUUCACCAAACUGGAUGAAACAGACUUUUCUUUCCCCCAGCAACUGUCUCCUUCUGUAUCCCACAGAACCAAGAAGCAAAAAGAAAAGGAGAAUCAAGAUUCUGAUAUUUCAUACCCUCCUGCAAUACCCUGUGAGGGCAAACGAUUGGUUACCAUAAGCAACCUGAUCAUGGAGCAAGACUCCCAGUACACAGACUUGAGUGAGAGCCCAGACUCUUCACAGGAGUUACCUGUAUUUUCUGCUUCCAGAUGUGCUCAGAAACCACAUGAGCAGCCUGUACCUACUAAGAGACAAAAGUCCCUCCAUGGAAGGUGGGUCAGCUCAUAUGUCGAAGAAGUAAAAGACCAGUGGAGUGAGGAGGAUGAGCUCUUCCCAAAUGCACCAUCAUACAGGACAAACAGCCGCAAGACUUCAGUCUCUGGUUCCAAGAAGCAGUCAUGGACAGUACAAGAGAGCGAGUGGAUCAAAGAGGGCGUGAAGAACUUUGGAGAAGGGAGAUGGAAGGCCAUUUGCCAGCAAUAUCCCUUCCAGAACCGCACUGCAGUGAUGAUUAAGGAUCGCUGGCGGACCAUGAAAAAGCUGGGAAUCCUCUAAAGUUGGGAGCCACAGGACCUCCAGUACAAAAAACUUACCUUUUGAAAGGUGGACCAGAGCGAUAGUAGUAGGAGGCCGCUGUGCUUGACCCUGAUAUGUAUUGGGUCCAGUGUGAGCCCCUCUGCCUUGUGGUACCUGAGACUGCUGGAGCAGAGGGAAACAAUGUCUGACAGGAAUCCAGAGUCCUGUGUCUCGUUGUAGCUGCAAAGUUUCUCUGCAGUUGGCACAAGCUGUGCUACCUGAUGGCACUUGUUUGGAAACUGUCUGGAUUGGGACUUCCCUCUCUACCUGACAACUGCAGCCUUUGCAGAACAAAUCCCAGCCUGAUGGGCUGCUGAAAUCACAGUUUUCUCAGCUCGGAUGCUGUCAAGUAGCAGGACAAUAUCAUUGGUGGCUGUUCUUGUGUUUUAAUUGUCUAAACUUGGACUUGUUUCAUACAUUUGCAUUCUGUACCCUGUGGGAGAGAGGCAGCACGUUGUCCCAGAGCUUCUAGGGUGAUCUGCUCAGACUUUUAUUUUUUGCCCAUAUUUCUUUCUGCCUUGUAAAUUACUACUCUGCAAGCCAGAAUUUCUCCCUCCCAGUUUUGAGGUUUUAAAAGCAUUAACUUUUGGUUUGGUACUUAAAUGUUGGUUGUUCCAGUCCCUUACUGAUUUCAGUUAUGUCUUACUUGUGCUUCUUCCUGGUAACAUCCUCCUCCUGGGUGCAAUCCCUGCAAGUGUAUUGAGUUCCCAGGGUGCUGCCUGUUUCCUGCCUUCAGGUGCCAAAAGCUAACUCUUGUGUCCAAGCAGUCUUCUAUAAAAUAAAGCUUUUUUGUUCUUUGCUAUCAAA